GUAGUGGUGUGGUUUUGCCAGGAUGCCGCGUUCUCACUCUCGUUCCAUGAGCAGAAGUCGUUCGCGAUCUCGCUCCUAUUCCCCUGUUCGCAAUGGCAAUGGAGUGCGUGGAAGAUCUACGUCUCGGACUCUGUCGAGAUCGAGGUCGCGCACACGUUCUCGCUCUCCAACGUGGGCGCAGCCGAUCUCGCUCACCGGGGCGACGUAGUAGGCGCAUUUCGCGCUCGCCAUCACGGUCAAGAAGUGGAAGUCGUUCACCUGAUCGACGUGAUUCAAGGCGCUCCCGAUCGCGUAGCCCACGACGUCGUGAUUCAUACUUGCGAAGCAGGAGGGACAGUGGGGACAGAAGUGGUGGUAGAUGGAGAGGUCGUCCAUCUAGAAGAGAGGAUCCCGAUCCAUGCAGGUGCCUGGGUUGCUUCAACCUUGAGCGUAUACACAACUGAGAAAGACCUACGAGAGCUGUUUGGAGAAUUUGGUGAAAUUGAAAAGGUUGAACUGGUUUACGAUCAUCCUACUGGACGUUCUCGCGGUUUUGGAUUCGUGUAUUUCGAACGUCUCGAGGAUGCUUGUGCUGCACGUGAUAAAUUGUCUGGUCAAGAGAUAGACGGGCAUAAGAUUCGCGUUGAUUAUUCGCUGACAAAACGAGCUCAUACCCCAACACCCGGUCAGUACAUGGGGGCGAUUCGUGGAGGUCGAAGGAAUUAUGGAUAUGGUUCAGGUGGAUAUAGAACUGAGCGUCGGGAGUCAUACCGUGACGGUUAUGCCGGUCGUAGUAGUCGGUAA